GAAACGUUAGCACGUCGCCCUUGCUAUCGCACAGAAUCACGGAUAAAUCAAACAUGGCGAUUCGGUCGCUGUUUACGGUCAAGUCGUACGGAACGUAGUUGUGAGACUAGGAAGGUCGUUGUGCAUGAGCUUGUGCUUUUAACGGUGAUGAGUACUUGUGCCACCGUAAAUCGACCGAUUUUAGUUAAUAUUACGAAUAUGGAGGAACAAAGCGCGAAGGAAACGGUGGAAAAAGCGUCGGACGGUAUCGAAGAUGGUGUACACGACGCGAAGGGUGUAAAAGAGGUCUCGACGCCUGCGGCGUCAUCGUUCCUCUCUUCGAGGCAAGUGUCGCGAUCUAGCGGCGAAAAUGCCGAUACAAAGGCUCGCCAUAACGGCAAAAACUGGCCUAAAUCUUUGAUUCGAAGAUGUGGUAAAUUUGAAAGCGGCAGUGGUAGUGGGGACCAGGAUGGUGGAACGCAAGAAGAUGGCUCAGACAUAGUUACAAAAAAAAGAAAGACUCGUAGAGGGAAACCUAAGCAUAAGAAAUUGAAACCAUAUCCAAAACAACAGCUGUCUUAUCAACAACGAGCACGUUGUAGAUCCAUUGGAAGACUUGCAAAAACGGGUAGGCAAAUCCGAGCACCUUAUAAUACAACGCAGUUUCUUAUGGAUGAUCAUAGUGACUUGCCUGAUCUUGAUCAAAAAUUAUCAAUAGCUGCAUCUUCAGAUUUUGGAGUUACUACUUUUCAGAAACCCCCAGCACCAUCUCGUACUAGAGAUUCCAGUUUCAGCAUUGACUCAGACGAAGACUACUUUUACUCUUCCCCAGAGGAUGAAGAAGAAUUUUUGACAAAAGAGUUUUCUAGUGCAUAUGAAGAUCUUCACGCAGAAAGACUGAGCACAUUGAGUAAAUCUGAAUUAAUACAAGAAUAUUUACAAUUAGAGGCCAAAGUAGACUUACUCACUAAAAGAUUACGUGGGAAGAAUAUCAGUCAGACAGAAGAUAAAGAGAUAGACAAUAAGAAUGGAAUAACUACUGAAUCUGAAGUAGCAAAAAAAUUAAAAAUCUGUCAGCAACAUAUUGAUGACUUAUUAAAGCAAAAUGAACAACUAAAAAGAGAAAAUGAAGCAUUGAGAGCACAAAGGCAUGGUAGUUCUGUCUCUAGUGUAGACAGUGAAAGCGAUAGUGAUAGUACAAGUAAUGGAAAUCGUAGUAUAUGCGGUUGUCCUCUCAGGAAUUCAGAAUAUUCUCCAGAACACGUAUCGUGUAAAUGUAGACAAGAGAACAGUGAUAAAGAUAGUAGCUCAGAGUGUAGUACUGACAGUAAGAGUGAUUGUUCCGAUAUUACUCGUAGUACGACUUCAACACCACCAAUUAUUGUUACAAAUGGACAUGUAGUUAUAAAUGAAAUCAAUGGCCUACCUACAUAAAUAUUUCAAAAACAUACCUGCGUUGCUGGUUUGUUUGUUGCUGAGACAGUCUACAUAUAAUAAUUCUAUGCAUCUAUAUUGACUGACAAGUUAUCUUUCUUCUAAUGCUGAUCGUUAAAUUUUAGACUUUUAUCUAACACAUUUUGGAUCUAUGAAUUACCUUCCUUUUAUUCUUUAAGACUGCCUCAUGUAUACAAUAUAUAUGUGUAAUAAUAUGUAAAAUACAUAAGUAAUUAUCAUUAUAACAGCGCAGUUUUGGUAUCUGCUUGCAUCAGA